AUUAUGAACACUACAGGGGGGGUGACUGACAAGUGUUUGUGCUAAUGGAGAAAGAGAGACAGCCGGCUAAUUGUGCAGUAAAUUAGAUAUUGAUACAACCUUCAAGGAUUUAAUUAACUCCAAUAUGUUUCCUUUCAAAGAAGCAUUUUUCAAUGUGAUAUUCUAUACAUCUCACACAAUAAACAGAUUCGUUGAUUGACUUCAAGCCCAAGGACAACCAUGUGUGAACAUCUCAGUUCAGAUACUGUUUUGUGUUUUUGUUGGAGAUGGUUGGCAGGGAUAUUGCAACACUAUAUGUUUUUUAUGUUAUAAUGAUCUAGUGUUAACACCAGUAGUGUGAAACUCAUUUCAUUAUGACAACUGGAUGAAAUGUUGCUCUCCAUGGUGCUGAAACACAGUAUAACCUCUGCUUGCUUGUGCUGCUUAAAAUAGUGGACUGGGAUCACAUUGACUGUACAACAAGAUAAUCAAACCUCAUUUACACUGCACAUACAGUGUGAUAGAUACUUCAUAUCUGUAUUUAAAAUAUAAUUGCCGUGAUUUCUGAAUGUGUUGUUUUAUUCCAGAGAUGUUUUGUCGACACCUAGCGGCGGGAGUCAAACAUUGCACUGUUAUCCAGGGCGCUACGUCACCUCCUCUCUUCUUCCUGUUUGGUUUUUUCCCCCCUAACCAUCACUGAUUCACAUACUGUACCAGCUCAAAUAUUUUGGCCAACCCGUCUGUCGCUCUCUGUUUCGUAUGGAAACUUUGGAUCAAGCUUCCACUAAAGCCACCGUAGCCGAUGGCAGGUAGCCCUGCCAGAAUGCUGCAUCGUUUAACGCAAACGUACAUACACACAGAUUAACACAAAGUUUUCUACUGCAGUUCCGAGUGAGCCAGCAAACGCAUGUCGCGAAUCAGGACCACACUCGACAGCGUCACCAAGGCAGUAGGCAGCACGGACCUCAUCUCCAAGUUCUCCCGCUUCAAACCCAGCAUCGCCACGGUCGACGGCGCCCAUGCGGAAAAAGCUCUGGCCAAAGCCGAGUCCUUGACCUCUAACAGCACAGCUGCUGCCUCGCCGCCUGAAACCGCCAUGAAGGAAAAGGAGGCUGAAGAAGAAGGCGAGAGGAACACAGCGGCAGAGGAGGAAGGCCAGCAAGUUGCAGAAAAGCCUUUUGUUGUCACAAAGAAGGCUACUUCCAGUUUAGCUUCGGCGGCGAGCGCGUCCGCGAUGAGCUCUACUUCGACUGUGGCGAAACAGACGAUGCAGCUGUUUCACCCGACAGCUCUGUCCACCAACAUGGAUGAGACCUACAAAACUCUGGCUGAGCACAUCAACAGUUACUUUGGCACCAGCACGCAAGUGGAAGAAGGGGAAAACAAGAAGGCGCAGCAGCAGCAGCACAGAGGAGGAGAUGAUCCGGUUUCUGAGCCCAUUCCCAGCACUGUUCCUCAGACUACUCUGGACCACAUUCCUGUUUUGUCUCCAGUAGCUGAAGCUAAAAGUACUGAAGCACCGACUACCUCUCCAUCAGAAAAGCCCAGUCCUCCAGUAGGUACACCAUCUUCAGACAUUCCUGCAACUGACAAGGCACCUCAGUCCAUCCCCGCGCCUGCCACCUCCACUAAAAAAGGCUUCACCCACUAUCUUUCCUAUCCUCGGCCUAGCGUUCAAGCGUUUGUCGGCAGCUACAUCGCGCCCCUGGUCCCCAAAUUCAGAAGCGAUUCCAAAAGCAUCGUCGCUGAAAAAGACAGCAAGUCGUCAGCAGUCGAUGUGGAAGAGCCGGCUGUUGACAAGGCGGGAGAGAAGACAGAGAGCGAAGAGGAGAAAGCGAAGCGGCAGCUGCUGACUCAAAGAGAGAAGAUAAUAGCCAGAGUAAGUGUGGACAACAGAACCAGAGCCCUGGUGAAAGGCCUGCAGAGGGUCACCGAUGUCAAGCUACUCACCAGUCGAGUGGAAGAGCUCAGCUAUCACCUCCUGGAGUUCCCAGAGACGCGAGGUGUAGCCGUCAAGGAGAGUGUGCUGCCCUCUCUGCUGCGUUUGCGGCAGGCCAGAGACCUUCCUCUUCAGGCUGCUGUGAGAGAAGCGCUGGCCCUGGUCGGCUACACCGAUCCAGUCAAAGGCAGAGGAAUUCGGGUCCUGGCUAUCGACGGGGGCGGAACAAGGGGGCUGCUGGCUCUGCAGACUCUUCAGAAACUGCAGAACCUGACUGGCAAACGAAUCCACCAGCUGUUCGACUACAUCUGUGGAGUCAGCACGGGCGCCAUUUUGGCUUUCAUGCUGGGGAUUUUUCAGAUCCCGUUGGAGGAGUGCGAGGAGAUGUACAGGAAGCUGGGCGCGGAUGUCUUCAAACAGAACGUCAUCGUCGGGACGGUGAAAAUGGGCUGGAGCCAUGCUUUCUAUGACAGCGAAAUAUGGGAAAACAUCCUCAAGGAGCGAAUGGGUGACGGGCACAUGAUUGAGACUGCCAGGGACCCAAACUGUCCUAAGGUGUCAGCAGUGAGUGCCAUUGUAAACAGGGGCUUACCCCUGAAGGCCUAUGUGUUUAGGAACUACAGACUCAUGCCAGGAAUGAGAUCCCACUACCUUGGAGACUGCAAACACAAAAUGUGGCAGGCUAUCAGGGCCUCGUCUGCCGCCCCGGGCUACUUCCAGGAAUUUGUCCUGGGAAAAGACCUCCAUCAGGAUGGAGGGCUCCUCAUCAACAACCCCACAGCGUUGGCCAUCCACGAGUGUAAGUGCCUGUGGCCUAACACGCCACUGCAGUGUGUGUUGUCUCUAGGCACCGGACGGUACGAGACAGCGGGCAAGAACAGCACAACCUACACGAGCCUUAAGGCCAAGCUCACAAACGUCAUCAGCAGUGCCACGGAUACAGAGGAGGUGCACACCAUGCUGGACGCUCUCCUCCCCCCCGACACCUACUUCCGCUUCAACCCCUACAUGAGCGAGGACAUCCCACUGAACGAGAGCCGAGUGGAGAAGUUGAACUUCCUCAAGAGCGAGGGGGAGCGCUACCUGGAGCGCAACGACGCCAAGCUGAGGAAGGCGGCCAGCGUGCUGGGCCAGGAGAAGAGCACCAUCCAGAGACUGGCCGAAUGGGGCAAGCUCAAGGCUGACAUGUACGAGGGUCUCCCCUUCACCUCUAAGUUGUAGUAUUUGGCCUGGUAACAGGGCGGAGAGACAGAGAGACUUUUUAAGGUAAGCAUACAUGGAGUGUAAAACUCCCAAGACUUACUGUAAUAGAUGAACUGUUGAAAAGGGAGCAAACUGGACACUGUUUUUUUAAAGAUUUGGAGUGAAAAACCAAGUCAUUGGUUCAUAUGGUUUGAUUAUCUACUGAACAAUAAAAGGACUGAAAGUUAUUUAUCAAAAAAAAAAGAAAAUACAGUAAAUAAUGUGAAAUUACAGAAAGGAUAUAAUUUGUUCAUUAUGUGACAGAAUGUGUCUGAUGGAGACAGAAUAAUAAAACUGAUGAAAUCAUUCACUUGAUUGAUCAGAGAAGGGACAUGUAUGUAUGCACAAGUUCAUAAAUGUAUGAAUUAUAAGCUGGCUAAAGGUGUUGGUUGACUGGACGCACAAAGACGACGAUGUGGCGUGACCAUAUUAUGGAGAAUUAAUGAUACUAUGAUAAGUAGUUGUUUUGAAACUUGCAUUUCAAGUCACUUGAAUUAAGAAUUAAGAAGCAGUUAACACAUGAUUGCACAGUGAGAACACAAACACGGCUGCCUAUUUCUAACUACUGUACAGAAAAAGGACUUCAUGCACUUUGUAAAAUAUAAUUCUUAACCUCCUUAAGAAAAUGUAAAUAGUAUUUGAAGUGAUUAUAAAUUGUGCUAGGAUUUAAGAAAAUACUGUAGAUUCUUCAGUUUACUGUCAUUCAUCUGCAGCCACGCUGACAUCUGAUCUGAUUCUAACGAGAACGUAUCGGAAUGUGAUUGCUGUUUUCCUCCUACAAAGCAUGUUCUCCAUUGUGGCUCAUUACUCAGUGUUAAGCUCUUGCCUUUAUCCUCCUUCAAGCCUGAAUUCCUAAGCCUUGGCUGCUAUUGUCGCACACUUUAAAAAGGUGACACACUUUUACAUUGUGAGAUUUUUCCCCGAUCCCUCCCCUCCUCUCUAGAAUGCAAAAGAAAAAAAAGUCCUGAAAAAUAAAACGUGAUCUAAA